AUGUCAGCCCACGAGGAUGGACGCAGUGAAUACACUGCGUCCCGUUAUUACGAUGACCGGCGUUACCAACGUGACCCUCGCUAUGUCGAGUCUCGCGACAACUACGCCAAGGGUCAGGUAGCUUCCCGAGAUCUUGUCCCCCGGUACCGGGAAGAGAGCGACUAUUCGGUCGAGGAGAUCCAUCGCGAUUUUCCACCUCCAACGUAUUCUCGGGAUGUGUAUCGCAGCUAUGAAGAUGACCGGCGCCCGCGCUCCUCCAAAGACCGCGAUUAUGAUCGUCGCGAGGGAAAGAAAACCCGGACCAAUUCCUACGACGAUGAGAGGAAGAGGCGCCGCAUGCUCAGCAACCAGGAGAAGAUUUUGGCUGCGGUCAUCGGAGGUGCUCUUGCUGUUGGCGGCAAGGAGAUCUAUGAUCGCCGCGAAGCCCAGCAAGAAGGCCGUGGAAUACAGCGCAAUGCUCUGAGCUCUGCAGCUCUCGGUGCUGUCGGUGCCUUUGCCGCCUACCAGGGUGUCGAUCUAUACAACAAGCAUGCCACCAAAGAGGAACAGAAGACGCUUACGGCAUACAAGGGCCGCGAUAGCCGAGACGUGGAUGCUUACGACGACAAUGACAGUGACUACGGCUCGAAAGAGCGGAAGGGGCACAAGAACUUCCUGGAAAGCGCUCUCGCUGCGGCCGGCCUUGGCGGUGCCGUCAAGGCACUGACCGGCGGUAGUACAGGGCACCGUGACGACAGCCGCUCGCGGUCCCGAUCCCGGUCCGGGUCUAAGUCACGCGGCAAGGGUGGUGGCACCAACAAGAUCCAAAAGGCCGCCAUGGCAUCGCUGAUCGCCGGUGCUACCGAGGCCUUCCGCGUUGCCAAGGAGCCCGGCAAUUGGAAAGGUGAAAAGGCCAAGCGUGUUCUCACUGCCGCUGCAGGUGCUGCCACCAUCGAUGCGGCGCACGGUGACAAACACAGCAAGAUGGGUAUUGCCGAAUCGGUUAUCGGCGGAUUGCUGGGGAACCGCAUCGUGAACGGAUCACGCAGAAACAUUGAAGAGGACAGACACACUGGCCGCAGCCGAUCCCGAUCUCGUGCUCGGUCUGACGGAGGCGGCGGCGGCAGCGGCGGCGUGAGUGGACUUGCCGCUCUCGCAACGGCCGGCCUGGGUGCUCUUGGUACCAAGAAGAUCAUGGAAAGCCGCGAACGGUCUCGGUCGCGUCGCAGGAGCAGUGCGGACUCGUACGACAGCCGCAACCGCUCUCCGGGCCGAUCUCGCCGAAGCCGAAGCCGCAGUGUUGUCGACACUGCGCGCCGGAGCCUGGCGAAGCUUGGCCUAGGAAACGGCCCUGACGACGACUAUCCGACGGACGAGUCGCCGCGGCGCAAGAAGGGCUCAUCCCGCCACAACGACCGUCGCAACUCUGCGGACAGCUACGAUGACGACUACCGUUAUGGAGGCGCCCGGGACCGCGACCGCGGCGAGGGUCGCAGUGGCCGCUACGAGAACGACGACAACCGCAGCAGUACUCGCCGACGGAGCGGGUCGCGGUCCCGUCGGGAUAAGGGCGGGUCGAGACAUGAUUCGGAGUCCGACUUGGGCAGCUCGUCCGAGGACGAGAAACGGGCGAAGAAAAUGCGAGCGGCCGUUGCCACCAUCCACGCGGCGCACAAUGUGUAUCAGAGCAUGGAGAAGAGGCAGUCGCGGCAACGUGCAGUCCGGGAAGGCCGUCUCUCGACGGGGGAAGCCAAGAAGCUCAAAGACCAGGCUCUGCUACGUGACGCAGCGUCUGUUGGUAUUGCCGCCUUGGGUAUCAAGGGUGCUAUUUCGGAGCUCAAGGAGGCGCGCGAAGCCCACCAUGAAUGCAAGGAGUGGAAAGAAGAAAAGCAAAGGCGGCACCUGCGCCGGCUUGAGCACAUGCAACGCAGUCAGUCCAGCGGGAGGUCAGGCAGGAAGGCCCGCAACCGGGCCUCUUCGGUCCCACCACAGGCCGGUCGGUACUACAACGACUACGGCAGCGAUGCCAGUGACGAUGAGCCCCGUAUGGUAAACGGGAGCCCCUACGCCGCCCUUCCGGCCCCUCCUGUUGGCACUGAGGCGAGGAGACCUGAUGAGAGCAACAGAAGCUGA